AGGGAGCACAUGCCGGCUCCAGCAUGCUUGAGCGGCUGGGGAGCCCAGCGGCUCAAGCAUCAAAAUCUCGGAAGCUCAAAGGCUUCCGAUCAAAACAAACGCCGCGCCGGAAAAGGAAGCAGAAAUAAGAGAGAAGGAAGAGGAAAGGGGGGAGAGAAACCACUCAUCCUCGUCCACCAAGUUUCUUCGCUGUCCCGUGCCAACGCCAGGAAUAUACUGUUCUCGAAACUCAAUUUCCACUGAAAACGCGCGUUUGAUUUAGAGGAAAACUCUUAUUUUCUCAUUAGAAGGAGAUAUGGGGAGAAGCAAGCGGAAGGCUGAUCAACCGUAUAAUACAGAAAGUUGGUGCUUUGUCUGCAAAGAUGGUGGAAAGCUUCUGCUAUGUCAUCGCUAGUGGGCACUGAAGACGUUUCAGAUUCUGAAACCUUUUAGUUUGGUUCCUCAAAUUGCGUCACUGUUUUUUUUGUCUUUAUUCUGUUCUGUUCUGUUCCGUCUGGUGACUCUGGUCCUAACUUUUGUUGUGAUCGGACAAUGUUUUCUGUCAGAUUGUUCCUCUCUUCCUUGCAUGCUUAGUGCUUCGCGCAAAGAUAGUUUUUUUUUUUUUUUUUAAUACUAGUUUUUGUGGAUUUUAAUACAAUAUAUAUUCAGCAUUAAUGCUUGCAUGUAUAAGAGUUAACAAAUCUAUAUAAGAGCUUUAUUUUGGAUGUGUUCUCAACUUUCAUGCUUCCUAGUUUCAGGGAUUGUCUGAAAGCUUACCAUCCUGGCUGUGUGGGAAAGAAGAACUCAUUUUUAAAGUACCGAAGCAACUGGAUUUGCAGUUAAGUUUUGAUUCUUACAAGAUAUUAAGUUUUUAGCAUUCUAAGAAAAGCAUUCUUUGUCUGUUAUGAUAAUUUUUCAACAUUUUCUUCCCUCUAAAUGAUUCUGCCUGAUUUGAGUUUGUAUCUUUUUUCCUUUUUUUAAAAAAUGAAAUUUAUGUAA